UUGCAGUCGUCACCAAAUCACGCCGUUGGCACGCUCCAUCUGAAUCCCAUCACUCAGCCACUUCAAGCGAGUGCUCUGAUACCGCCGUCAGAUCAUCAACUGGAUCUUGACACGAGCUCAUUAGACACACUUGUAAAUAGUAACAACAAUCUCUUGAUGCACAUUUAUAACAGUGAAAUGGAUCCCUCACUGACAUCGCGUCAUCCAAAUCCGAUGCUAAACAGCAUCGACGACAACAUGUUGAAUUCGCAAUUAUUAGGAGAUAUUAAAAAUGAAUCAUCGUUGGGCGGAGCGACAGCAGCGCCGAUCAACGUGCACCUGCCAAUGCAGCUCAACAUGCUGAACUUCAGGCCGAUCAAUCCCCAACAGUUGCCAUCCGUGCAUCAUCUGACGUCCACAUCGUUACCAGUUUCGGUACCAAUGGAUUACAGUAUCCACAAUGAGACGCCAAAUGUUGCUCAUCCCCAGUAUAUUGUCACCACGCAACCGGAUAUGAUGUUGCCGCAAGGCAUCGGAUAUCAGCAUCACGGGGUAAUUAAAAUCUAUCAGUCUUGA